CCUCCGAAGACUUCAGGGAGAGUGUCUGAGCUACCAUCCCCAAGUGUGAGGACGAAGGGCUGGAUGUCAGAACAACAUGCUUAUCCAUUAAACUGCAAACUUUUCUUUUUUUAAACCCAAAGAAUAUCGGUGGCUUUUGCCCACUGCUAGAAAAGGGAGCCUAGGGCUCUUGAGAUGCAGCAGAAUCCGUAUUUAUAACCAGGCCGGGUAGUGCUAUGCAAGCCCCCUCCACUCAGUAAGUUCUCUAUCCUAUGGAUCUUGCUUUUGAGCUUUGAGAUUAGAUUGUGCACUCUACACUGGGUUCUGCAACCUCCAUCCUUUCAAUGCCCUGUUAUUUUUGGGACUGCUGGCCUUCCCUGGAGAUUAGAGCGGUCCUGUGUGCCAUGGGCUGUAUUCAGAGCAUCGGAGGCAAAGCCAGAGUCUUCCGGGAAGGGAUUACGGUGAUUGAUGUGAAAGCCUCCAUCGACCCCAUCCCCACCAGCAUCGACGAGUCCUCCAGCGUGGUACUGCGUUACCGGACACCCCAUUUCCGCGCCUCAGCCCAAGUGGUCAUGCCGCCCAUCCCCAAGAAGGAGACCUGGAUCGUUGGCUGGAUUCAGGCAUGCAGCCACAUGGAGUUUUACAACCAGUACGGGGAGCAGGGCAUGUCUAGCUGGGAGCUCCCCGAUCUCCAGGAGGGCAAAAUUGAGGCCAUCAGUGACUCGGAUGGGGUGAACUACCCCUGGUAUGGCAAUACCACCGAGACCUGCACGAUCGUGGGCCCCACCAAGAGAGACUCCAAGUUCGUCAUCAGCAUGAAUGAUAACUUUUACCCCAGCGUCACGUGGGCCGUGCCCGUCAGUGAGAGCAACGUGGCCAAACUGACCAACAUCUACCGGGACCAGAGCUUCACCACGUGGCUGGUGGCCACCAACACCUCGACCAACGACAUGAUCAUCCUGCAGACCUUGCACUGGCGCAUGCAGCUCAGCAUCGAGGUGAAUCCCAACCGGCCCCUGGGCCAGCGUGCCAGGCUGCGGGAGCCCAUUGCCCAGGACCAGCCUAAAAUCCUGAGCAAGAAUGAGCCCAUCCCGCCCAGCGCCCUGGUCAAGCCCAAUGCCAAUGAUGCUCAGGUCCUCAUGUGGAGGCCCAAGUACGGGCAACCGCUGGUGGUGAUCCCGCCCAAGCACCGGUAACAGCCAGGCCGCUGCGAGGUGAGACUCACGGAACAAUAUUACUGCUCAGAAGGAAACCCAGAUGCCCUCUCCGGUCAUUCAGAAAAAUACAACCGUUCUACCUUCUCCAGGGGCGGAUCUCACUGUGCUAAUA